CCAUCUUCUUGCCUCGCUUCUUGAAGACGAUCCGACAGCCACAGUGAUUGCAUCUGAUGGGCGCCUUGGGUUCGAUGUUGUUGUCUUGCCCGCAAUCGGCGCACGAGUAAGCUAGCUUGUCGCUCGCAUCUUGAGCUCCCGGUCCACUGCCGCCACCGAGACCAGGCGCAGCUCCAUAGUCCGGUCUGGACAUCUCGUCAGAGGCCUGGCAAGCGACGGAACUCUUUCGGUCGCGCGCUGUCGACAAAUUUCUUCGACGAAGCGACCCAACGACGAAGACGAGACAUGGUGGACGCACCGGCAGAGAUCACUGAGGCCGGCUAUGCAAGGCUAGAGGCUGUCCUGACGAAUAGCAGCGGCAAAGUCCCGUUAGCGCAUCGGUUUCGCGCGCUGUUUGAGCUCAAAGGCAUAGCAACGCACGAAGCCAUCGACAUUAUCGGCAAGGCUUUCGAUGAGUCGGCGCUGCUGGGUCAUGAGCUAGCGUACGUGCUCGGUCAGAUCAAGGAUCCCUAUGCUUUGCCCAUUCUCAAUUCUGUCCUCGAGAACGAGAGCGAGCACCCGAUGGUCAGACACGAGGCAGCCGAAGCACUCGGCGCUAUCUCAUCCCCUCGUUCACUGCCAGUUUUGCAAAAAUACGCCCAAGAUCCAGAUACAUCGGUCAGGGAGACCUGCGAGAUUGCACUGGCCAAGAUCGAAUGGGAUCAUGAUCCGGCCAAUGCGUGCUUGAGAGAUGCCAAUCCGUACAGCACUGUCGAUCCUGCACCCGCGAUCACGCAAGGCAUUGCAUCCCUGCACGACACGCCCGAAAGCGCACUGACGCCAAAACAAUUACGAGUUCAGCUGCUCGACGAGUCCCUGUCACUCUUCGUACGGUAUCGUGCCAUGUUUGCCCUGCGGAAUAUCGGCGACAGAGAGUCCGUGCUCGCUUUGGCAGACGGAUUUAGCGACUCGAGCGCCUUGUUCCGACACGAGAUUGCUUACAUCUUCGGACAACUCUCUUCGCCCGAUUCUGUUCCUUCGCUCGUCAAAGUACUCCAGAACGAGCAAGAGUCGGAUAUGGUCAGGCACGAAGCUGCAGAGGCGCUGGGCAGCAUUGCGAACGAGGACGUUCUGAGCGUGCUCAAGGAAUGGAGCACCAAAGGGCCACGUGUCGUUCGCGAGAGCUGUCUGGUCGCCCUCGACAUGUACGAGUAUGAGAAUUCCGGCGAGCUGCACUACGCUGCGGCGCCUAUCGCAGUCUAGAUCAGAGAUGCUUUGCAUGUUGUAUCAGACGAGACAACAGAGAUGGGUGACGACAGGAGACAGGCGGAGUUCUAUAGACUAUACAGACUGGCUGCUCGGUAUGCAGAGGGGACAAACGGUCUAGAGGUGCACGGCGUUGGCCGUCGAGCGCGGGGGAACGCGUUCGGCCGGGAGGAUUUCGAGACUCUCGUCUUUGGGCAGCGGGGGCUGGUCGCACAAGAGCAUCUUCUCGAGAAUGAAGCGCCCUUCCUUGUACUUCUGUGCUUGCUCGAAGGCCUUGUC